CCCACGGACGGACAGGCGGGCAUGCGGGCGUCCCGGCUCUAGCCCGGGCGCGGGGCUCCGGCCGCAGUCAUGGAGCAGCGGCUGCGCGAGCUGGAGCGCCUGGCGCGGGGCGAGGCCGGCGGCGGCCCGGGGCUCGACGGCCUCUUGGACCUGCUGCUGGGGCUGCACCACGAGCUCAGCAGCGCCCCGCUGCGGCGGGAGCGCAACGUGGCGCAGUUCCUGAGCUGGGCCAGCCCCUUUGUGACGAAGGUGAAAGAGCUGAGGCUGCAGAGAGAUGACUUUGAGAUCUUGAAGGUGAUCGGCCGAGGGGCCUUUGGGGAGGUGGCCGUGGUGAGGCAGAGGGACAACGGACAGAUUUUUGCCAUGAAAAUGCUGCACAAGUGGGAGAUGCUGAAGAGGGCCGAGACGGCCUGUUUCCGGGAGGAGCGGGACGUCCUGGUGAAGGGGGACAGCCGCUGGGUGACCACUCUGCACUAUGCCUUCCAGGAUGAGGAAUAUCUGUACCUGGUGAUGGAUUACUACGCUGGGGGGGACCUCCUCACGCUGCUGAGCCGCUUUGAGGACCGCCUCCCGCCCGAGCUGGCCCAGUUCUACCUGGCCGAGAUGGUGCUGGCCAUCCACUCGCUGCACCAGCUGGGCUACGUCCACAGGGAUGUAAAGCCGGACAACGUCCUGCUGGACAUGAACGGGCACAUCCGCCUGGCCGACUUUGGCUCCUGCCUGCAUCUCAACAACAGUGGCAUGGUGGACUCAUCGGUGGCAGUGGGGACGCCCGACUAUAUCUCCCCUGAGGUCCUGCAGGCCAUGGAAGAGGGCAAGGGCCACUACGGGCCUCAGUGUGACUGGUGGUCCCUGGGGGUCUGCGCCUACGAGCUGCUCUUUGGGGAGACACCCUUCUAUGCGGAAUCCCUGGUGGAAACUUACGGCAAGAUCAUGAACCACGAGGACCACCUGCAGUUCCCCACAGAUGUGCCCGACGUGCCGGCCAGUGCCCGAGACCUGAUCCGCCAGCUGCUGUGCCACCAGGAGGAGCGUCUGGGACGUGGUGGGCUGGAUGACUUCCGGAACCACCCCUUCUUUGAAGGGGUGGACUGGGAGCGGCUGGCGACCAGCACGGCCCCCUACAUCCCCGAGCUUCGUGGGCCCAUGGACACCUCCAACUUUGACGUGGACGAUGACACCCUCAACCAUCCGGGGACCCUGCCGCCACCCUCCCACGGGGCCUUCUCAGGCCACCACCUGCCGUUUGUGGGCUUCACCUUUACCUCCCGCAGCCCCGGGCCUGAGAGCAGCUCUGCGCUGCCGGCUGCCCUGGAGCAGAAGCUCUGCUGUCUGAAGCAGGAGAAGGUGGAGCUGGGCCGGAAGCUUCAAGAGGCUCUGCAGGCCCCCUCAGACCACCGGGAGCUGGAGCAGCUACAGAAGGAAGUGCGGACUCUCCGGGAGAGGCUCUCAGCAGGGACCGUGAGGGACAGCAAGGCCUCCUCGUGCCAGAUGGAUGGGGCCCCUGCCGGUAGCCCAGGCCAGGACAGUGUGCUCCGCCAGGAGAGAGACCAGCUCCAGCAGGAGCUGACCGAGGCCCGGGCCAGGCUGCAGGCACAGGAGCAGGAGCUUUGCAGAGCCCAGGGGCGGCAGGAGGAGCUGCUCCAGAGGCUGCAGGAGGCCCAGGAGAAAGAGAUGGCCACAGCCAACCAGGCCCAGGCCCUGAAUUCCCAGCUGGAGGAAGCCCGAGGGGCCCGGAGUGAGCUGGAGGUCCAGGUGGCCGCCCUGAGCCGAGAGGUGACGCGGCUCCAGAGACAACGGGAGCAGAGCCUCAAGAAGGAGACCUCCCGGGGCAAGCCCAUCCACGCGGCCUCUGAGACCAACGGUGUGGGACCACCUGGGGCCGGGAUACAGGAGGCACAACUGAGGAAGGAGGUGGCUUCCCUGCGUGUGCUGCUGGACCAGGCCUGUGGCCAUGGGCCAAGUGGGAAGGAAGACGCCCUACGCCGGCUGCAGGAGGAGAACCGGCGACUGAGCCAGGAGCAGAAGCAGUUGGCAGAAGAGCUGGAGCAGGAGCAGCAGAGUAAGCAGCAGCUGGAGGGGGAGCGGCGGGAAACGGAGAGCAACUGGGAGGCCCAGAUCGCUGACAUCCUCAGCUGGGUGAACGAUGAGAAGGUCUCAAGGGGCUACCUGCAGGCCCUGGCCACCAAGAUGGCUGAGGAGCUGGAAUCCCUGCGGAACGUGAGCUCUCAGACGCUCCAGGCCCGGCCGCUGGACCACCAGUGGAAGGUGCGGCGGCUGCAGAAGAUGGAGGCCUCAGCCAGGCUGGAGCUGCAGUCAGCGCUGGAGGCGGAGAUCCGCGCCAAGCAGGGCCUGCAGGAGCAGCUGACGCAGGUGCAGGAGGCCCAGCUGCAGGUUGAGAGCCGCCUGCAGGAGGCCGAGAAGCAGAACCAGAGCCUGCAGCAGGAGCUGGCUGAGCUGCGGGAGGAGCUGCGGGCCCGCAGGCCAGGGGAUGCCAAGCCCUCCAACUCCCUGAUUCCCUUCCUGUCCUUCUGGAGCUCCGAGAAGGAUCCCACCAGGGACCCUGGCAUCUCGGGAGAGGCGCCAAGACCUGGGGUGGAGCCAGAACUGAGGCCAGAGGGCCGCCGAAGCCUGCGCAUGGGGGCUGGGCUCCCCAGAGCGCUUGCUGCUCCCACAGCCCCUGCAGAAGGGCCUCCUGCUAAGCCGGGCUCCCACGUGCUGCGGCCCCGGAGCUUCCCAUCCCUCACCAAGUGUCUCCGCUGUACCUCGCUGAUGCUGGGCCUGAGCCGCCAGGGCCUCGGCUGUGACACUUGCGGCUACUUCUGUCACUCAGCUUGUGCCCCACAGGCCCCGCCCUGCCCCGUGCCCCCCGACCUCCUCCGCACGGCCUUGGGUGUGCACCCUGAAACGGGCACAGGCACUGCCUAUGAAGGCUUCCUCUCGGUGCCCCGUCCCUCAGGCGUCCGCCGUGGCUGGCAGCGGGUGUUUGCUGCGCUCAGCGACUCACGCCUGCUGCUGUUUGAUGCCCCUGACCCAAGGCUCAGCCCGGCCACUGGGGCCCUCCUGCAGGCACUGGAUCUGAGGGAUCCCCAGUUCUCGGCCACGCCCGUCCUGGCCUCUGAUGUCAUUCACGCCCAAUCCAGGGACCUGCCACGCAUCUUCAGAGUGACGGCCUCGCAGCUGACGGUGCCGCCCACCAUGUGCACUGUGCUGCUGCUGGCGGAGAGCGAGGGGGAGCGGGGGCGCUGGCUGCAGGUGCUGGGCGAGCUGCAGCGGCUGCUGCUGGAGGCGCGGCCCAGGCCCCUGCCCGUGUACUCGCUCAAGGAGGCCUACGACAACGGGCUGCCGCUGCUGCCCCACACGCUCUGCGCCACCAUCAUCGACCACGAGCGGCUUGCCCUGGGCACCGAGGAGGGACUGUUUGUGAUUCACCUGUACAGCAAUGAGAUCUUCCAGGUGGGCGAGUGCCGGCGGGUACAGCGGCUGGCCGUGAGCCCCACUGCGGGCCUGCUAGUUGUGCUUUGUGGCCGCGGCCCCAGCGUGCGCCUCUUCGCCCUGGCUGAGCUGGAGAGUGCCGAGGCGGCAGGCACCAAGAUCCCCGAGUCCCGAGGCUGCCAGGUGCUGGCAGCCGGGCGCAUCCUGCAGGCCCGCACCCCUGUGCUCUGUGUCGCCGUCAAGCGCCAGGUGCUCUGCUACCAGCUGGGGCCGGGCCCCGGGCCCUGGCAGCACCGCAUCCGUGAACUGCAGGCACCUGCGCCUGUGCAGAGCCUGGGGCUCCUGGGUGACCGGCUGUGCGUGGGCGCAGCCGGAGCCUUUGCCCUCUAUCCACUGCUCAAUGAGGCUGCACCCUUAGUGCUGGGGACUGGUCUGGUGCCCGAAGAGCUGCCACCAUCCCGUGGGGGCUUGGGCGAGGCGCUGGGGGCCGUCGAGCUCAGCCUCAGUGAGUUCCUGCUGCUUUUUGUUACUGCCGGGGUCUACGUGGAUAGCGCUGGCCGCAAGUCUCGCGGCCAUGAACUGCUGUGGCCAGCAGCCCCCAUGGGCUGGGGUUAUGCAGCCCCCUACCUGACAGUGUUCAGCGAGAAUGCCAUCGAUGUGUUUGAUGUCAGGAGAGCAGAAUGGGUCCAGACCGUGGCGCUGAAGAAGGUGCGAGCCCUGAACCUGGAGGGCUCCCUGUUCCUCUAUGGCACCGAGAAGGUCCGCCUGACCUACCUCAGGAACCGGCUGGCAGAGAAGGACGAGUUCGACAUCCCUGACCUCACCGACAACAGCCGGCGCCAGCUGAUCCGCACCAAGAGCAAGCGCCGCUGCUUCUUCCGCGUGUCGGAGGAGCGGCGGCAGCAGCAGCGCAGGGAGAUGCUGAAGGACCCCUUCGUGCGCUCCCAGCUCAUCUCGCAGCCAACCAACUUCAACCACCUAGUGCACGUGGGUCCUACCGAGGGGAGGCCCAGCGCCAGGGACCUGUCUCCGGCUCGGGAAGAGAAGGGCCGAGGUGUCCGCGGCUCCGGCCCGCAGCGGCCCCACAGCUUCUCCGAGGCCUCGCAGCGCCGGGUCUCCGUGGGCAGCAACGGCCUCGCCGGAGACACGGACCCCACAGCGAAGAGGAAACCUCGGACAUCUCUGUCCAGCGAGUCCGUGUCCUGCCCCCAGGGAGCUCUGAGCCCCGCAGUCUCCCGAAUGCAGGUCUCAGAACGGCCCCGGAGUCUCCCUCCAGCCCCAGCAUCCGAGAGCUCCCCUUAACACCCUCCUGCAGGGCCCACCCCAAUCCCAGGACAGAGAGAUGGGAGGGAACAAAGAGCUCAAGGAAUGCCAUACUCCGGCUGGUCCAGGACGUGUGGAAAUUUGGACUCAGGGAGGGCCUGGGCUGGUGGCGAUGGGAGGUUCGCCUGGGCUCCCAGGCCUCGGGGCUUUGAUGCCCAGCUCACAUCCUGCCUUUCUUCUCUGGUCCCAGCCCAGCCUGCCCCAGGCACUGGGAAUAGAAUGGCCCCUGCUUCUGCCCUGUGGGCCCUUCUGCUCUGUCUCCAGGGGUGAGUGUGCCAAAGCUCUAAUUCCCAGUGCCAAUCCCUAGGAGGCUUGUUAAGAAACAGUCAGGAAGAGGGAUGUAGAAGAACUAGGUCUCUGGGAGCAGCGGGGGUCUUGGCUGCCUGUGGGGCCCCCAGCUGAGGCCAAGAUGGGCAUGUCCAGGUGUCUGCUUAGGGUCAGGGUGAGAAAGACAGACCCUUGCUCUAGAGGAAAGAAAGAUCGAGAGGAGGGAGGGAUGCAGGUGAAGAAGGCGAGAGGCUAGGGGGAGGAAAGCACGUGGAGGAGGAAGUGAUGAUGGAAAUGAUUCAGAAGAGAGAAGGAUAAAGAGGAAGUAAUGAAGAAGAAGAAAGACAAAAGGAGAGGGAAGGAAGGGAGAGGGAUAUGGAAGGAGAACGUCGGACCCACAGAUCGUUUCCCUCUGGGGAAAGGGCUCAGUGAGCAGAACUGCUAUCCUCUAAUCCGCCCAGAGGUGAAAGUAAUUCCUAGGCAGGAUGGAAUGGGGGGUAUUUAUAAGGGCUCCUUGGGAAUGAGGGCACCUGUGGGGGCCACUGGAGGGUCUCCAGGCACACUCUGGCUCUUCCCAGAAAGGAGGGUCCUUCCUCUUGAAGCUUUAACCAACUAUGUAUUAGGGGAUUGUAGGGGGAUUUUAUUAUUGAUCACAGUCAUUAUUAUUAUUAUAUUACUAUUUUUAUUAAGCUUUCCCCUACUGAAGCAUGGGGGGCAAAAUAAGUAUUUAUCUCCUUAAAUGCCAUAUUCUUAGGAGGGAUCGACUCUGAUGCUCUGUGAGAUGGCAAGAAACCAAUAAAGGCAGCUUUGUAA